AUGAGCCCGCUGGAUCCAGCAGCUCGGUAUCGACGCUCGGAGACUCAAGGGAAGAAGGGGAAGAACGUCUGCGACCCCAAUUCUCCUUUGAGGGAGGCACUCGCGGCCCUUACCAUGGCGAUGACGAUGAAGAAGAAGGGUACCUGCUCCAAAGAGUCCAGACAGCACAGACUGCCACAAGUUGCCCGCGGGAUAAUCUAUCGGCUUCUCAUCCUCGGAGGUCUCCAAGACUUCAGUGCGUCUACACGCUCGGAGAAUGAGUCCAGCGACGCCAAUGUCUAUGACAAAGUGCCUACGUUUUAUGGGUAUCACGAAGGAGAGUCCGACUCACUGGCUGUACAGCUCGGUCCACUACUUGGUGUCGUCCUUGCUUCCAUCUUCGGGGCUAUCCACUGCAUCGCCUGGUCUUCACCGAGGCCAACGACUUUGGAGACGCAGUUGUGGCGUAUCCUUAGCCUCAUUGUUACCUUUGCCCCAUUGCUCUUUGUUGUUGCUUUCGUCCUCAUCUCGAUGCCCAGGAGCUACUCAGGGCUUAUUCCGACUUCAUUCGGUCUCUUCCAGGGACGCUUCCUGACCCCGAUAGCUGUCCCGGUUUACAUUGCCGCCCGCUGUAUGUUGCUUGGUCUAGCUCUGGCACAACUCCGAGAACUUCCUCCUCGUGCGCACGAGACAGUGGAGUGGUCGAGGUUCUUGCCCCAUAUCCAAUGA